AUGGCAGUCACACCAUCAAUCAAAUCAGAUCAGGGCUCCAGCAGCCAAGAUGGGAAGGGCCCAAGCACUUUGCAGUCCCUGCCAGUCACUGGGUCCUUGUUUAAAGAUGCCAUAGAAGAUAAGGUGGCUGAUCUAGUGGGGUUCCUGCUCCUCAAAUAUCACACAAAAGAGCUAAUCACAAAAGUAGAAAUGCUUAUUGUAAUCAAAGAUUACCAGGAUCACUUCCCUGUGAUCCUCAGCCAAGCCUCUGAGUGCCUCCAGCUGGUCUUUGGCAUUGAUGUGAAAGAAUUGGACCCCAUCAGCCACUCUUAUGUCCUGGUCAACACCUUGGGCCUCACCUACAAUGGGAUGCUGAGUGAUGACCAAAGUGUGCCCAAGACUGGCCUCCUUAUAAAUAUCUUGAGUGUGAUCUUCAUGGAUGGCAACUGUUCCCCUGAGGAGAACAUCUGGGAAGUGCUGAGUGUGAUGGGGCUCUGUGCUGGGAGGAAGCACUUCAUCUAUGGGGAGCCCAGGGAACUCAUCACCAAAGUGUGGGUGCAGGAGGGGUACCUGGAGUACCGGCAGGUGGCCAACAGCGAUCCCGCUCGCCACGAGUUCCUGUGGGGUCCCCGGGCCCACGCAGAGACCAGCAAGAAGAUCUUGAAUAUAUUUCUCUGUGCUAUACAGUAUAAACUUGUUUAUCUAUUUUAUAUAUACCUGUAA